CCAGUUUCCAACCAACAUAAUUAAAAUGAAUUUUUUCUACAUUUUAAUAUCAUUUGCCUUGGUGAAUAUUUUGGUAGCAUUAGAUGAAUUAACAAAGCAGGUUAUCAUGAUAAACAAACAAAUGAUGUAUGCAAGAGAUUAUUUGCCGGAUGUAAUUCAAAACUUGGUUCUUUUUGAUAAUUUUAAAAUGGUGGAAUUAGCUGUAAUGUUGUCAGUACCGGAAGCCGAAACAGACACAGCAGCAGCAGAAGAAGAAGAAGACUUCAUAUAUUACGUAGUGAAUAAUAAGUUACGAUACCAACAAAUUGUGCGAGACAAAAUAGAGUUAAUAACAUCAAUCAGUGCACCUGUUAUAGACGAAGAGCUCUAUAAAGACGCCUGGAUGUCAGGUUUGGGAAUUGAAAGAAGAGGCAUGACAUUAGUUGCUAUAAAAACAUUAAUCCGCGCUGUAAUAAGCGGAGAUAAUCAAAAUUUCCAUGAAUUUUUUGACCUGUGUCGUUUAAUAGGAACAUUCAGAAGUAUUAAAUUCGCGCCUGAAUUUGUACAAGAUGCUAAAAUCGACGAAAAAGGACAAUGUGUUCUAACAGAUAUAUUCGGAAAUACAAGCAGAUACUUUUAUAGCAUUGAAGGCAAUAUUUGGGAAAUCUUCCAAAGCAGUAUUGCAUUGCAGGCACUCGCCUUUCAAGUAAAGCAUGUAUAACCUGUUUUUAAAGUACUAUUAUUAUUAUUAUUUUUAUUUAUU